AAUAUCAAAGUGGCUUUUUAUAUAGAUCUGUUCUUCCAGACAGUUUUCGAUCUGCCACGAUGAUAAAAGAAUUUAAAAACGUUCAUGAUAGUUCUAGCCUACCCUCAAAUACAAAAUUCUUGGUCGUAAGUGCCAUUAGAGCUUUGGUUCAGCAUAACUCUAAAUACGGGUCUCUAGAUUGGACUACAAUGUUUGCACUUGCGCCUAAGUUUGAUACAUCAUACUCAUUUAUUGAUUCAAUUGAAAUAUAUGAUUAUAAAAGAUUACCCGACAAUUUCUUAAAACUAUUAGAAGUAUUAAAACCUAGCAUUAACGAACUUAAUAACCUUGAUGCACUAGAUAGAAUGAUGAAUAAACUCAUUAGGAUGUCAUAUGAUUUUGAAAGUCUCGCAUAUCUGCAGGAAUGUUUUAAAGAAUUAAAAGAUUGCGACUAUUUCUCUUACGAAAUUCGCAAAAAACUUUUAGAAUUGCUUAAAGAAAAGAAGCUAUGUUGGAAUGAUAAAAAUGUCGCCUCACUUCGAAAGUUUCUUAACGAACCUAAUUUGAGGUGGCAUAAUAGAGAAUAUGUUUGCAUACUCGAAACAAUUGCUGAAUCAGAUCAAAUAAGUUUAUUGGAAUCUUUUCCGGAAAUUUUUAGAUAUAUAUUGGGAUUGAAUUCGAUCACAAUUCAAAAAGAACUUGAACAUACGUCAAUCAAAUG